CCUCCCGCUCCGAGCCCGACGGUGCUGGGGGAGCCGGAGCGAGCGGUCGCGCCCCUGAGCCUCCGCUGCCAGCCCCGCCAUGGUCUCGGCUCCGCGCUGCCGGCCCGGCGCCCGGGGGCUCCUGGCGCUGCUGAUGCUCCUGCCCCUGCCCGGGGCUCGCGGUCUGUGUGGGACCCUGCCAAGGCUCCGUCGUGCCAUCCCCCAUGAUACUAAUCACGCAGAGGGCUUCCCUAUCAACGCAGAAGUGACAUACAAGUGCGUUGAUGGCUGUGUUAAAAUCCCUGGAAAGUCAGACACUGUAGUUUGCCUUCCAAACUCAGAGUGGUCGAGCAUUGGAGAGUUUUGUGAUCAUGACUGUGGUGCCCCCCCAAGGUUAAAAUCUGCUGCCUUAAGUAAGGAAGAUGAGAGGAAGAAUUACCAUCCUAGGGGGUCCACUGUGCGUUAUGUCUGUCGUCCAGGAUAUGAGAGGACCGAACUGACACCUGUCAUUACUUGUCUUGAGAAUUUAACAUGGUCAGAAAGCCCUGAGUUCUGUAGAGGGAAAUCUUGUGGUGUUCCAAAAGGACCAGAGCAUGGCAGAGCUGUUGAUGUAACAAAUGACCUGUAUGGUGCAAAAGUCAACAUAAAUUGUGAUGACGGGUUCAGAUUACGUGGGCGGACUUUCAUCCAAUGUUUGCGGAAGGGAGAUCAAGUUGAAUGGAGUCCACUUCCAACUUGUCAAGCGAUUACUUGUUCUCCUCCUCCUGAUAUUGUCAAUGGGACACACAAUGGCAGCAACAUGGAAAUCUUUCACCGUAACUCAUCGGUAACUUACAAAUGUGACCAUAAUUUCUCGCUUACUGGAGAGGCCUCCAUUCACUGUACAACUAAAGAUAACAUCAAUGGAGUCUGGAAUGGGUCUGCCCCUGAAUGCAAAGUCAUAAUUACCCAGGACAAACCCACAACUGUCCCUCCUGAAGGAGCAGAAGGAGCUGGUACUUCCUCAGGUCUGUGUGGGACCCUGCCAAGGCUCCGUCGUGCCAUCCCCCGUGAUGCUAAUCACACAGGGGGCUUCCCUAUCAACGCAGAAGUGACAUACAAGUGCGUUGAUGGCUGUGUUAAAAUCCCUGGAAAGUCAGACAGUGUAGUUUGCCUUCCAAACUCAGAGUGGUCAAGCAUUGGAGAGUUUUGUGAUCAUGACUGUGGUGCCCCCCCAAGGUUAAAAUCUGCUGCCUUAAGUAAGGAAGAUGAGAGGAAGAAUUACCAUCCUAGGGGGUCCACUGUGCGUUAUGUCUGUCGUCCAGGAUAUGAGAGGACCGAACUGACACCUGUCAUUACUUGUCUUGAGAAUUUAACAUGGUCAGAAAGCCCUGAGUUCUGUAGAGGGAAAUCUUGUGGUGUUCCAAAAGGACCAGAGCAUGGCAGAGCUGUUGAUGUAACAAAUGACCUGUAUGGUGCAAAAGUCAACAUAAUUUGUGAUGACGGAGAUUGGGAGACAAGGAGAAUGCCUUUUCCUGUAGCUGAGCUAUCGGCCUACUUCUCAGGUGAUGUAAUACCAACUAGCUGUUACCAGAUAUCAAAUCACUUUGCAAAGGAGGGCAGUAUUGUUUACCUCAUUUUACAGAUGGGGAAACUGAAGCGCAGAGGGGAAGUGACUUCCCAAGGUCACCCACAGGACAGAGGCAGAAAUGAGAAUGGAAUCCAAGUUUCCCGAGUCCCAGUCCGGUGGUUUUUCCUCAACUUACCUAGGGACUUCUUCCACCUUCUGGAGAUGUUCAGAUUACGUGGGCGGACUUUCAUCCAAUGUUUGCGGAAGGGAGAUCAAGUUGAAUGGAGUCCACUUCCAACUUGUCAAGCGAUUACUUGUUCUCCUCCUCCUGAUAUUGUCAAUGGGACACACAAUGGCAGCAACAUGGAAAUCUUUCACCGUAACUCAUCGGUAACUUACAAAUGUGACCAUAAUUUCUCGCUUACUGGAGAGGCCUCCAUUCACUGUACAACUAAAGAUAACAUCAAUGGAGUCUGGAAUGGGUCUGCCCCUGAAUGCAAAGGUCUGUGUGGGACCCUGCCAAGGCUCCGUCGUGCCAUCCCCCGUGAUGCUAAUCACACAGGGGGCUUCCCUAUCAACGCAGAAGUGACAUACAAGUGCGUUGAUGGCUGUGUUAAAAUCCCUGGAAAGUCAGACAGUGUAGUUUGCCUUCCAAACUCAGAGUGGUCAAGCAUUGGAGAGUUUUGUGAUCAUGACUGUGGUGCCCCCCCAAGGUUAAAAUCUGCUGCCUUAAGUAAGGAAGAUGAGAGGAAGAAUUACCAUCCUAGGGGGUCCACUGUGCGUUAUGUCUGUCGUCCAGGAUAUGAGAGGACCGAACUGACACCUGUCAUUACUUGUCUUGAGAAUUCAGCAUGGUCAGAAAGCCCUGAGUUCUGUAGAGGGUCUGGCACUGAUAAACUGGGCAUCGGCCUGGGCAUCGGUGGUGCUGUUGUCAUCAUUUGUGCUGGGAUCGUUGGAGCUUCCAUUUUAUGGCAAAAGAAAAAACGUUCUUACGGUGUAAAUCUGGAUUCCCGAAAGCAUCACAUUAUGACAGAAUUGAUCUUGAAAGGCCGCCGCCUUCGCCCCGCGACUUCUCCCUCUGCCGCCGCCAUGGUCUCGGGGCCGCGCUGCCCGCCGGCCGCCCGGGGGCUCCUGGCGCUGCUGAUGCUGCUGCUGCCGCGCCUGCCCGGGGCUCGCGGCACUUGUGAUUCUCCUCCAAGGUUGCAUUUUGCUGAGCUGCCUGGGGGAGGGAAAAAUUCCUAUCCUGUUGGGACCAGACUGCAAUACUCCUGUCGCCCAGGAUACAUUCUGAGCUCUGGAAAGUCUCCUUUUGUUACAUGUCUUGAAAAUUCAAAAUGGUCAGUAGACCCUGAGUUUUGUGUAGGAAGACCAUGUAAACCACUAGAACUCGAAAAUGGCAGGGUUGAUUUAACGGAUCUCCGGUUUGGUGCGACAGCAAACUUCUCCUGUAAUGAAGGGUACAGAUUAAUUGGACCGACUUCUGCCCAGUGUGUGCUUGUGGGAAAUGGAGUUGAUUGGGAUACGGAGGUUCAACUUUGCCAAGCACUACCUUGUCUUCCACCUCCUGAUAUCACCGAUGGAUCCCAUAGUGGUCAGAGUGGAGAAGAGUUUUCCUUUGGCUCUGCAGUAACUUACAGAUGUGACCCGGGCUUCUCUCUUAUUGGAGAGGCCUCCAUUCACUGUACAACGAAAGAUCAAGUCAAUGGAGAGUGGAGUGGGCCUGCCCCUGAAUGCAAAGUGGUCAAGUGUCCUGAGCCAGAAGUUAAAAAUGGAAAAAAGCAAUCUGGGUUUGGACCUGACUAUUCAUAUGGAAACGCCGUAAUAUUUGCAUGUGAUUCUGGCUACACUCUGCAUGGUAGCAGUUCAGUUAGAUGUGAAGCUAACAAUUCAUGGGUUCCAUCUUUGCCAACUUGUCUAGUGGUCAAGUGUCCAGAGCCAGAAGUCAAAAAUGGAAAAAAGCAAUCUGGGUUUGGACCUAACUAUUCAUAUGGAAACACUGUAAUAUUUGAAUGUGAUUCUGGCUACACUCUGCAUGGUAGCAGUUCAGUUAGAUGUGAAGCUAACAAUUCAUGGGUUCCAUCUUUGCCCACCUGUCUAGGAAGACCAUGUAAACCACUAGAACUACAAAAUGGCAGGGUUGAUUUAACCGAUUUCCGGUUUGGUGCAACAGCCAACUUCUCCUGUAGUGAAGGAUUAAUUGGACCGACUUCUGCCCCAUGUGCGCUUGUGGGAGAGUGCACAAUUCAAUGCAGCAUCGUCGUGAGUCCGCGCCGCCUGCGCCCCGCGACUCUUCCCGCCGCUGCCAUGGUCUCGGGUCCGCGCUGCCCGCCGGGCCUCUGGGGGCUCCUGGCGCUGUUGCUGCUGUCGCGCCUGCCCGGGGCUCGCGGCACUUGUGAUUCUCCUCCACGGUUGCAUUUUGCUGAGCUGCCUGGGGUCAUGAACAAUUCGUAUCCUGUUGGGACCAGACUGAAAUACUCCUGUCGCCCAGGAUACAUUUUGAGCUCUGGAAAGUCUCCUUUUGUUACAUGUCUUGAAAAUUCAAAAUGGUCAGUAGACCCUGAGUUUUGUGAAGGAAGACCAUGUCAACCACUAGAACUCGAAAACGGCAGGGUUGAUUUAACGGAUCUCCGGUUUGGUGCGACAGCAAACUUCUCCUGUAAUGAAGGGUACAGAUUAAUUGGAGCGACUUCUGCCCAGUGUGUGCUUGUGGGAAAUGGAGUUGAUUGGGAUAAGGAGGUUCCACUUUGCCAAGCAAUACCUUGUCUUCCACCUCCUGAUAUCACCCAUGGAUCCCAUAAUGGUCAGAGUGGAGAAGAGUUUUCCUUUGGCUCUGCAGUAACUUACAAAUGUGACCCGGGCUUCUCUCUUAUUGGAGAGGCCUCCAUUCAUUGUACAACGAAAGAUCAAGUCAAUGGAGAGUGGAGUGGGCCUGCCCCUGAGUGCAAAGUGGUCAAGUGUCCUGAGCCAGAAGUUAAAAAUGGAAAAAAGCAAUCUGGGUUUGGACCUGACUAUUCAUAUGGAAACGCCGUAAUAUUUGCAUGUGAUUCUGGCUACACUCUGCAUGGUAGCAGUUCAGUUAGAUGUGAAGCUAACAAUUCAUGGGUUCCAUCUUUGCCAACUUGUCUAGGCACUUGUGAUUCUCCUCCACGGUUGCAUUUUGCUGAGCUGCCUGGGGUCGUGAACAAUUCCUAUCCUGUUGGGACCAGACUGCAAUACUCCUGUCGCCCAGGAUACAUUUUGAGCUCUGGAAAGUCUCCUUUUGUUACAUGUCUUGAAAAUUCAAAAUGGUCAGUAGACCCUGAGUUUUGUGAAGGAAGACCAUGUCAACCACUAGAACUCGAAAACGGCAGGGUUGAUUUAACGGAUCUCCGGUUUGGUGCGACAGCAAACUUCUCCUGUAAUGAAGGGUACAGAUUAAUUGGAGCGACUUCUGCCCAGUGUGUGCUUGUGGGAAAUGGAGUUGAUUGGGAUAAGGAGGUUCCACUUUGCCAAGAACCUACUCUGAACACAACCCCAAAUGGCCCUAAAGAAAGCCCAGGGCCGAACACUGGUACCAUGAUUGCUAUUGGAAUACUUGAGUUACCCUCAAGCAGCAUCGUCGUGAGUCCGCGCCGCCUGCGCCCCGCGACUCUUCCCGCCGCUGCCAUGGUCUCGGGUCCGCGCUGCCCGCCGGGCCUCUGGGGGCUCCUGGCGCUGCUGCUGCUGUCGCGCCUGCCCGGGGCUCGCGGCACUUGUGAUUCUCCUCCAAGGUUGCAUUUUGCUGAGCUGUCUGGGGUCGUGAGCAAUUCGUAUCCUGUUGGGACCAGACUGAAAUACUCCUGUCGCCCAGGAUACAUUCUGAGCUCUGGAAAGUCUCCUCUUGUUACAUGUCUUGAAAAUUCAAAAUGGUCAGUAGACCCUGAGUUUUGUGUAGGAAGACCAUGUAAAGCACUAGAACUCGAAAACGGCAGGGUUGAUUUAACGGAUCUCCGGUUUGGUGCGACAGCAAACUUCUCCUGUAAUGAAGGGUACAGAUUAAUUGGAGCGACUUCUGCCCAGUGUGUGCUUGUGGGAAAUGGAGUUGAUUGGGAUAAGGAGGUUCCACUUUGCCAAGCAAUACCUUGUCUUCCACCUCCUGAUAUCACCGAUGGAUCCCAUAAUGGUCAGAGUGGAGAAGACUUUUCCUUUGGCUCUGCAGUAACUUACAAAUGUGACCCGGGCUUCUCUCUUAUUGGAGAGGCCUCCAUUCACUGUACAACGAAAGAUCAAGUCAAUGGAGAGUGGAGUGGGCCUGCCCCUGAGUGCAAAGUGGUCAAGUGUCCAGAGCCAGAAGUCAAAAAUGGAAAAAAGCAAUCUGGGUUUGGACCUGACUAUUCAUAUGGAAACACUGUAAUAUUUGAAUGUGAUUCUGGCUACACUCUGCAUGGUAGCAGUUCAGUUCGAUGUGAAGCUAACAAUUCAUGGGUUCCAUCUUUGCCCACCUGUCUAGAACCUACUCUGAACACAACCCCAAAUGGCCCUAAAGAAAGCCCAGGGCCGAACACUGGUACCGUGAUUGCUAUUGGCGGCAACGCCCUGAGGCCGCUCCGCCGCCGCCGCCUUCGCCCCGCGACUUCUCCCUCUGCCGCCGCCAUGGUCUCGGAGCCGCGCUGCCCGCCGGCCGCCCGGGGGCUCCUGGCGCUGCUGAUGCUGCUGCUGCCGCGCCUGCCCGGGGCUCGCGGCACUUGUGAUUCUCCUCCAAGGUUGCAUUUUGCUGAGCUGUCUGGGGUCGUGAACAAUUCGUAUCCUGUUGGGACCAGACUGAAAUACUCCUGUCGCCCAGGAUACAUUUUGAGCUCUGGAAAGUCUCCUUUUGUUACAUGUCUUGAAAAUUCAAAAUGGUCAGUAGGCACUGAGUUUUGUGAAGGAAGACGAUGUAAACCACUAGAACUUGAAAAUGGCAAGGGUGAUUUAAUGGACCUCCGGUUUGGUGCAAGAGCAAACUUCUCCUGUGAUGAAGGGUACAGAUUAAUUGGAGCGACUUCUGCCCAGUGUGUGAUUGUGGAAAAAGGAGUUGAUUGGGAUACGGAGGUUCCACUUUGCCAAGCAAUACCUUGUCUUCCACCUCCUGAUAUCACCGAUGGAUCCCAUAAUGGUCAGAGUGGAGAAGACUUUUCCUUUGGCUCUGCAGUAACUUACAAAUGUGACCCGGGCUUCUCUCUUAUUGGAGAGGCCUCCAUUCAUUGUACAACGAAAGAUCAAGUCAAUGGAGAGUGGAGUGGGCCUGCCCCUGAGUGCAAAGUGGUCAAGUGUCCUGAGCCAGAAGUUAAAAAUGGAAAAAAGCAAUCUGGGUUUGGACCUGACUAUUCAUAUGGAAACGCCGUAAUAUUUGCAUGUGAUUCUGGCUACACUCUGCAUGGUAGCAGUUCAGUUAGAUGUGAAGCUAACAAUUCAUGGGUUCCAUCUUUGCCAACUUGUCUAGGCACUUGUGAUUCUCCUCCACGGUUGCAUUUUGCUGAGCUGCCUGGGGGAGUGAAAAAUUCCUAUCCUGUUGGAACCAAACUGCAAUACUCCUGUCGCCCAGGAUACAUUUUGAGCUCUGGAAAGUCUCCUUUUGUUACAUGUCUUGAAAAUUCAAAAUGGUCAGUAGACCCUGAGUUUUGUGAAGGAAGACCAUGUAAACCACUAGAACUCGAAAACGGCAGGGUUGAUUUAACGGAUCUCCGGUUUGGUGCGACAGCAAACUUCUCCUGUAAUGAAGGGCACAGAUUAAUUGGAGCGACUUCUGCCCAGUGUGUGCUUGUGGAAAAUGGAGUUGAUUGGGAUAAGGAGGUUCCACUUUGCCAAGCAAUAUCUUGUCUUCCACCUCCUGAUAUCACCGAUGGAUCCCAUAAUGGUCAGAGUGGAGAAGAGUUUUCCUUUGGCUCUGCAGUAACUUACAAAUGUGACCCGGGCUUCUCUCUUAUUGGAGAGGCCUCCAUUCAUUGUACAACGAAAGAUCAAGUCAAUGGAGAGUGGAGUGGGCCUGCCCCUGAGUGCAAAGGGUCUGGCACUGAUAAACUGGGCAUCGGCCUGGGCAUCGGUGCUGUUGUCAUCAUUUGUGCUGGGAUGGUUGGAGCUUCCAUUUUAUGGCAAAAGAAAAAAAGUUCUUUCGGUGUAAAACCAAAUCUGGAUUCCCGAAAGCAUCACAUUACGACAGAACAUGAUUUCCAGAUGAGUGAAACAAAAUCUAAUUUGAUCUUGAAAGACAAUACUUCCCUGGGCACUGGGGAGACAGCGUACCUGGAGGCAGGGAAUGGAACUGGGCUGGGCAAAGCCACAUCAGACACUGCUGUGCCAAGGAUAUGUUAGGAAGUAUGAAUCCACUGCAUCUGAGUGAGGUGGAUCAUUGCUCUUGCCCUUGCCCUUGAAAAUGGCUUCUAGCAUCAAAAUUAUUUGCUCUUCUGAACAAUUUGAAGAUGCCAAAGUCUCCAGUGGUUUAGUGCCUGUAUUAUUUACUUGAUCAUCUGUCUUAUAAGAUUUAAAAUGUUAUAUUUUGUGACUGCAAGCUGCACUGAGCUUUUUUCUUAAAUAAACUAUUUAAAACAGAAAA